GUUUUCUUUGUAUGCCAGUGUGUCAAAUGUCUGUGAAACCAGUCGGUGGUGGAGAAAAGAUGGACUGUUAUUGUAGAGAAUGGCAUGCACGCGCCCUUUUUUUAUUGAUAGACCUCCAAACAUGCAGAGUCAUAAGCACAGUACUGUGAUUAAAUUACUUGUCUUGAAUUUAUUCCAUACAGAAUAAUAAAAAAAAAAAUGUUCUCAUUAAUAGUCACAAGUACAGCCGGAAGAGUCUGCACGCACCAACUGGCUGCCUACACAGCCGUUAGACAUUUUCAAAUGUAAAGUGUGCUUUAUCUUUUGCACAGAUUUAAAUGGCAUUCACAAUUCUGCGUAAAAGUACACGUUCUAUGAUUUCCACGCCAUGCCAGUUGUAAAUUAAUCACACCUCUUUAAUGUUGAUUUAAAUGCAGUCUGUGUGUCAGAAGUCCUGACAGGAGGAUACGCAUGGAUGAAAUGUGUGCAAGUCUCAAAUGUCUAAAAAAGGAUGAGUGCAAAUGGGAGAACAUAGCCCUAAAUAAGAAAGUAUAUGAGAUUAUUCUUUGCAUACAGUGGGUACUAAAAGUAUCCACACCUUAAAAUCCCCCCCCACUCCCCUCCAAUUAAUGCAGACAGCACCCCAUAUUGACAGAAAAACAAAAAUUGCUGACAUUUUUGAAGAUUUAUUAAAAAAGAGAAACUGAAAUAUCACACAGCCAGAAGUAUUCAGACUUAGAUUUAGUCGAAGCACCCUUUUGAGCUAAUACAGCCAUGUGUCUUUUUGGGAAUGAUGCAACAUGUUUAUCACUCCGGACAGAAUACUUUCCAUACACACUGUAUGUCGCAACUUUAUGAUUCGGUGUGAAUAUGUAACUCAAGAAUACUAAAAACAGGAUUUAUUGUACACAGACUUUAUUGUACUUUUAUGAGAUGGGCAUGGAACUGAAAAUGACUGCAUAUGACUGAAAAUCCACCUAGUUGUGUCAUGUAGGUUACCAGCAUUCGGGAAUGCUCAACCAUCAGAGAUCUCUGUCGGAGCUACCCAAGAUGUCGGCGGCAAGUCAAGUGGAGAGAACAGUGCUGGAGGAAGAGUUCAACUGGCUUCUUAAAGAAGAAGUUCACGCUGUUCUUAAGCAGCUGCAGGAUGUUCUCAAGGAGGCUUCCAGACGUUUCACAAUGCCUACACCAGGCCUGGAGAGUCCGCUCAAACAGGAAAACUUCAUCCUGGGCAGCUCAACCAUGGAUCAGGUGAAAGGAGUGCUGACACUACAGGGAGAGGCUCUGACUCAGGCAGACAUCAAUCUGAAGGUUGCAAAGAGUAGUCAAGUGCUACACUUCCAGUUCAGGGAGGACAAGCAAUGGAAACUACAGCAGAUCCAGGAUGCAAGAAACCAUGUGACUCAAGCGCUUCUGUUGCUGAGCAGCCAUGAUGAGAACUAUGACUUCAAGACGGGGGCAGAAGUUAACAAGUUAAUGGAUGCUGUGAUGCUCCAGCUAAUACGCGCACGAAACCGCCUCACCACCCCAGCAUCAAUGACACUGCCUGAAUUGGCCACCAGUGGGCUGAUGAAAAUGUUCACUCCUCCCAUGCCUGGUGAUGUGAUGGUGAAUUUUUACAUCAACUUAAGCAAACUGUGUCUCACCGUCUACCAGCUUCACGUGCUGCCGCCAAAUACCACCAAGAAUUUCAAGCCAUCUGGAAGCUCUGUGCUGCACAAUCCUGGGGCCAUGUUUGAACUCAACAACAACCGGUUUGAGGUGAGCCAUGUCCACAAGGUGGAGUGUGUCGUCCCUUGGCUAAAUGAUACACUGGUGUUUUUCACCAUCUCACUGCAGCUCUGUCAGCAGCUCAAAGACAAGAUAUCAGUCUUCUCCAGUUUCUGGAACUACAGACCUUUCUAAUCACCUCAGUCAACAUCAGACCCAAACAAACCACACAAGUGUGAAGGACAUGCUCUUAUUUAUUUGUAGAUAUUCAUAAGCCAGUCAGUGUUGCACGGUCGUCAGAAGCGACAGACGUGUUUUCCUGUUCCCUGUCGGGCUUUGCAGCGGGUCGACAUUCCUCUGAUGUGUUUUGAAUUUCACAAUACUGACUAAUACCACUCCAUGAAUGUAUGGUUAUUUUUUUGUUUGUUUGAGAGCUAUUUUUUUUUUUUUUUUUUUUUUUAUGUUCAAGCAAUGCUUCGUCUAUUUAUCAUCGUCUUUGGUGGUGAAUGCUUAACCUCUGGACUCAGGUGAAAAUAGUGGAAAGGGAAAUAUAUAUUGGAAAGGGAAAUAUAUUCUGGAGUUAUUUUAAUUUCCAUUGGCAGAUAUGAGUUUAAAGGUUAAUGUAUUCCCCCGCUUGUAGCGGUUGCAAAAUUUGGGACAUUUUCAAAAUGGCAAACUUUCCAUGAGAAUUAUAGGGAUUUUACAGCAAUUCAUGGGUACAAACCGGACCAAAAACGGAACAAUUUGCAAAUUGCCAGGUUAGUCUGUUACAGGAAACCCAUACACCUAUUUUGCAGCUUAAUCUCGGUUAGAAAAUUUUGAUACAGUACUCAUUUUAGUUUGCUGCAUGUCUUUUGACAAAUCAAAAUGUUCUGGUAUUUUGCAUCACUCACCCCCAAAUUUCACUUAAUUCUCCUGAAUUGCCAUCGGACUAACCAACAGGAUGUUUCCAAACUUUCUCAGCCACACCAUGGAAAGUUGUAACUCUUAUGUUUUAUUUUCAUUUGUACAAAGUUGCGCAUCUCUUGCUAUUAUCUGUGUGUAACCUGAGACUUUUGGAACACCUGGUGUGUUCUGUUCUAUAAUGCUAAGGGGUAGCUAAAGUCCUCUUUCCGUGUUUUCCCUGGAUUAAUUAAGUUUCACUUUUGCUGUGGGUCCCUGUGCUUUGGCAGCAAUCAAUGUCCAGCUUAAUAUUUACAUUUAGACUAAUGCAAUAAAAUGGAAUAAUGGUUCAUGAGUCAUGCAGCCAUUAAUCGGGUCGGCAUGCACCACCAAUGCAGUAUAUUGUGCAAAACGCAUGAUCAUUGUAAUAGAAAGAAUCUUUAGAACCUUCUUAACUGCUUUGUUUAAGAGUAACGCAUAUCUGUACUGAUUCACUGGCGUAUCCGUUUUAAUCGCUUUAAAAAAAAACGUGGUUAGUGGUGGAAGUCUUUUGAAAGUUGUGUGUGAAUACAAACGCUAACAUAGCAUUAAUAUCAAUGUAUGCCUUUUUUUUUUUUUUUUAUUAUUAAUUGCCCGAUUGGGUGUAAUUCAUCACAUUCCAUUUGUUCAAAUAAGCUAAUCAAUCAUGCACAUGUAUUUAAAGGUUUUGCACGUUGAUUCCUUUGGAACCUGAACACUAAUAGCUUGUUGUCUCAGCUGCCAUUUGGACAUAUCACUUUAAAAUGGUUUCUCAAGUCCCAUCCGUCCCAUCAAAGAACCCGACAGUAGAUCUUCACAGUUACACUUUUGUUCAACCUGCAGUGUGAAAAUGGUCUCUGAGAUAAUGGCUUUUCAUGAACAACACCAUUCCAGUAAGUGUUAGUUUACUUAGAAAUUGAUAAAAAUGAGGAUGUGACUGUGCAAUAAAAAAACUAGCAAAUUGUCUACAUCUCAUGACCUAACCAAAUCUAUGAUCACCACUAUUUGGGAGUACAGCCCUUAGAACUAUGACUGAUGCUACAAUUUACAAAUGUCCAGGAGGCCUAAAACGUUACAGGUGACCACAUCACCUAAAUGCCUUGGAAAAAUGUAUUUUGUAAUUCUUCCCUUUUUAUCGCAAUGGCCUCCGUCUUUAAGGCUAAUGCAAAAGGGAGUUGUCGCUGCGACACAUGUGCCAACUGGUCGGUCGAGACAUCCCUUCCC